AUGGGUUGCAGUGUGAUUGGUGAGGCCCACAUCGCUGUGCCGGAUGAUAUGGCUGAGCUCGCUAGUUGGGGAUGUGGCUUGCAGGACUCCUUUCAAAGGAAGACCAAGCUUGUAUGCACUAUGGGUCCAUCAUGUUGGGAUGUUGAUACGUUGGUGAAGAUGAUCGAUCAGGGUAUGAACGUGGCGAGGUUCAACUUCUCUCAUGGUGAUUUCGAGAUUCAUAGUAGAACUCUGAGGAAUCUGAAGGAUGCACUCAGGGAGCGGCCAAACGACGAUGUAUCCAUCAUGCUCGAUACCAAGGGACCCGAGAUCCGCUCGGGUUUCUUUGCUGCUGGUGGUAAGGUCGAGCUCGAGGCCGGUCAGGACUUGAUCCUCACUACUGAUUACUCCUUCAAGGGUGAUGCUCACAAGAUUGCCUGCACCUACCCCAAGCUCCCUCAGAGCGUCAAGCCCGGCUCCAUCAUCCUUAUGGCCGAUGGUACGGUUAACCUGGAGGUUGUUGAAUGCUACGAGGAUAGCGUUAAGACUCGUGUCUUGAACCAUGCUAUCAUCGGUGAGCGUAAGAACAUGAACCUCCCCGGUGUCAGGGUUGACCUUCCCUGCAUUGGUGAGAAGGAGGCCAACGAUAUCCUCAACUGGGGACUUCCCAACGGAAUCGAUUUCAUUGCCGUCUCCUUCGUCCAGCAUGGCGAUGAUAUUCGUGAACUGCGGAAGAUGUUGGGAAGUCGUGGUCGGAACGUUCAGAUCAUCUCCAAGAUCGAGAGUACUGAGGGUCUCAGGAACUUCGAUGAUAUCCUCGAGGCUUCCGAUGCCAUUAUGAUCGCUCGUGGUGAUCUUGGUAUGGAGAUGCCCCCUGAGAAGGUCUUCCUCGCUCAGAAGAUGAUGACUGCUCGCUGCAACCUCGCUGGCAAGCCCGUCAUCACCGCCACUCAGAUGCUCGAGUCCAUGAUCGAGAACCCCAGACCUACUCGUGCUGAGGUCAGUGAUGUUGCCAACGCUGUUCUCGAUGGUACCGAUGGCGUUAUGCUCUCUGGGGAAACUGCUGGUGGGAAGUUCCCCGUUGAAUCUCUUACCAUUCAGCGUCGUAUCUGUGAAGAGGCUGAGAAGGCUAUUGACUACGACGCCUUGUUCUUGAGGAUUCGUACUCGGGUACUGAAUCACAGCCCCUCUGGGCUCUGCACGCCUGAAGCUGUUUGCUCGGCUGCUGUUGACCUCGCGGCUGAGACAAACUGUGGUUUAAUUAUAGCUAUAACAGAAACGGGUGCCACCGCUCGUCUAUUGACGAAGUAUCGUCCGGCCCAACCCGUGCUCGCCUUGUCCACAUCCUUAUCGACGAUGAGGUCUUUGAGUAUAGUCCGGGGCGUCAGAGCUCUACAGGUGCCCUCUUUCCAGGGUUCGGAUAGAAUCAUUCAUAAUGCUCUUGAGCAUGCUAAACAGAUGGGCUUUGCUAGAGUCGGUGAGAAGGUUGUAGCUGUUCAUGGUAUGAGAGAGGAGACACCCGGAGCUGUCAAUGUUAUGAAAGUUCUUCUUGUUGAGUGA